AUGCAGUCCGUCGUUUAUCAUAAUAUUGCCCGGCGUCUAGUUUUCAUCUCGGCCGCGCUCUGGCAGCCGAGAACGCGCGCACGCAUCGCCCCACGUGCGCCGACACAGACGCGCGAUAAGCCCGACUGGCUCGCGUUCGACGUUUUUAAUUUCGCGAACAUCGUGCGACGUUCGCGCGAACAGUUAGACGGCAUACAUUCGCGCGUUUCGGAUGCGGGCCCCCGGCGCGAGAUAGCCGCGACGCUGCCGACCCCCCCGACCUUUAUUCAAAGCAUCGCGGCUCGAUCGUCACCACACCAACUACAGCCACGUCUCAGUCGGACUCGGCUCGUUCACGAGGUUCUCGCG